CCAUGCGCUAUGCACACGAGCACACUGGUCAAGCCGAUAAACGAAAUACCGAAAAAUCACAAAAACCGCAACUUCUGUGAGAAAAAUAAAAUUCUAUUUAUUUUUUGAUAGAAAUACUCGGUCCAGUGCGGUUUUAACAUCUUCAGUUUGAGAUGAACUAAAGUGUUGCAAUAUUAAAAUGUAAAAAUUCAAAGAUGUUAUAGAUAGUUUUUCAACAGACGAAUUGCAGUUUGUGCAACCGCAACAACAAAUACUACGAAAGAGCCACACCAAACGUCUUCACAAGGUGUCAAACGGACAAAGGAACCGCAAACUGCAAAAUAAAUAAAUUUAUUCAGAAAGGGAGCUCGGUUAUCAGCAAAUAUGCAGCUAUAUAUAUAAAUGUGCCAAAUAUUGAGGAAAGAAAUAAGUGUUUGUGUAAUAUUAGAAAUCAAUAUUUAAAGUUUCAUUAUAUACAGAUGAAACCAAUCUCCAUCAUUAGCUAUUUCGCUAAACAAAUCAUCGUUUACAUGUAUGCCAAAUAUUGAUGAAAAACAACCAUACUUAACGUGGUUGAAUAAAAUAGAAAAUAUCCCAACUAGUCAACAAUUUCCGAAAAAAGUAUGAACUGAAAUUUAAAAUUGAUUAAUUUAAUAGAUUCGAUGCCCGCUUAGGCGAUUUGUAACUCUAUCGGCCUCAAUUUUAUAUUUCCUCGCAUUCAAUCGAUCUCUUUUCAUUCAUUAUAUAUCAUACGAUAUAUAGUCACAUAAUCGUUUUAUAGUUAAAUAGCUUGCAUAUUACGUUGUGGAAACAUGGGAAACAAAAACUCCUGUUGCGCUUAUGCGAGUCCUCAAUCCGAUCGCAAAUCUAAAGAAAUUCCACCCGUUUACGAGGAGCGUCAUCAUGUACAUAGCAGUCAUCACAUCUCAUCUUCACAACAUCAGCUGGAUGGACACAUUUCUGCUUCCACGGCGGCUAUUCAUCACAGUGCUGGCACACUGGACAACCCUCAUAAUUUGCAACACAUUUCGGAACGUGAAGCGCUUGAGGGCGAAGAGGAUCCAUCUGUGGAUCCCACAGCCGCAACCAUGUUUCUCGAACGCUCCAAAGUCGAAAAUGGGGGAAUUUCCCGAAAACGUUCACAACACCAAAUCGCCCAACAAGCUGCGAAUUCAACUGGUGGAGGCUUGAAAAAGAGCUCGUCUUGUUCUACUAUCUAUUUGGAUGAUAGCACUGUGUCACAACCGAAUCUGAAAAAUACGGUGAAAUGUGUCUCACUCGCAAUUUACUAUCACAUUAAAAAUCGACAAUCGGAUCGUCGGCUUGACAUUUUCGAUGAGAAACUACACCCGUUGACCCACGAUGCCGUGCCUGAGGAUUAUGAUUCACAUAAUCCAGAGCAUAGACAAAUUUACAAGUUCGUACGCACUCUAUUCAAUGCAGCGCAAUUGACUGCCGAAUGUGCCAUUAUAACACUAGUCUAUCUCGAGCGUUUGCUAACUUACGCAGAAUUGGAUUUGGCACCGUGCAAUUGGAAGCGAAUGGUAUUGGGUGCCAUUUUACUCGCCUCCAAGGUUUGGGACGACCAGGCAGUGUGGAAUGUGGAUUAUUGUCAGAUAUUAAAAGACAUUACUGUGGAGGAUAUGAAUGAACUAGAACGUCAAUUUCUUGAAUUAUUACAAUUCAAUAUAAAUGUACCCUCAUCCGUCUACGCCAAAUAUUACUUUGAUUUACGUACGCUUGCCGAGGCGAAUGAUUUGUCCUUCCCUACUGAACCACUCUCUAAAGAACGUGCUCAGAAAUUGGAAGCCAUGUCUCGUGUUAUGCAAGAUAAAGUAACAGCCGAAGCUUUAAAAAAUGGUAUGAAGAAAUGGUCUUCUAUGGACAAUAUUAGCCAAGGUGGACCACGAAGGUCUGUUGCUAUACUCUCGUGAUUUUCGCUAGUAUAUUAGAUCAAUUAAACAAAAAAUUGGAUGUAAAACUGACGUACAGCAACAAAAUUAAUAUAUAUAUUAAUAUAUAUGAAGCGCACAUAUUUUCAACUUGUCUGCUCCAUAAACCUGUAACUUAUGAACUGGGAAGAAAUAAGGCCGAAGUAUAUUAAUGUCGGUCACCAAAUAUGUGACGUGGAGUGUUAUGGCAAAUAUAAGGCUUAUUGGUGUAUAAUUUUCAACCUUUUAAUACGCACUAAUUUGCACACUUUUUCGUUUUUUCAAAUAUAUUACCAAAUUAUUUGAAGACCAUCUAAUCGAUGUAGUAUCUGUUGGAAGCAUUCCAAUGUCAAAAAUCAAAUGGAAAUCGUUCGACAUUUUAGAUAUUUGUGCAAUAUCUAAUCCAUAUUGAGAAGAUAAUUGCAUACAUCUGAAGAUAAUUAUAACUUAUUUGCUGCAGAAGUCAUACAACUAAGAGGAAUGCAUUACCAAGAAGCGAAUCUUGAACUCCAACAAUGUGUACAAUGUCUCUUCCGAAAACGACCUCUAGCAGGCUUUUUCAAUAAUGUUAUAUAUCCUCUAUAUGCUCGAAUUGUGCAAGCUAAGCGUUAAAGACCGUUUUGAGUAGCUUUUAAAUUAAACUUUACAUGCCACUUACGUACUCGAGGACGUGUAAAAAAGCGGUGCGAACUUUGGUAUAUAAUAUUGACAUUUUAAAAAUAAAUAAAUACAGCGGCCAAAUAACAUGAAAUGGAUAAAAAAAAAACUUCAGAACACUGGAACGUAUGUAGAUACUUUUAAUGCUAAGAAAAAUCGAUUAAAAUAAUAUAAUAUUCAUCAUCAAAGGUUAUACAUUUGUUUUAAAAUUCGUUACUGUGCUAUUAUAACGAACUUUAGUGGCGAUAAGUGAAAAAAAAUCCUAUGAAGGAAUUGCAUUAAAUUAUAAUUUUAUAUAUUAACAAAUUUUCAAAUUAAUAAAACUUUGGUUGCUCACAACGCUCUCAUCAACCACUCGCUAAAACACUGCUAAACACAACAAACUCUAUAUUUUUGUAUAAACAAAAAAAAAAAUAAUAAUUUUGUGAUGUUAAUGUUUCAUAGAAGUUGCUCUUAAAAGUUUAGUUUUCCAUACGUAUUUAAUAAUACAUACUCUUUUAUAAGUAAAAAAACGAAUCGAUUUUGUUUAAUAAGCGUUAAUAUAUGAAUUAGUAAUAAUUAGUUAUAAAUAUGUACUUUUAAAAGUAGCGAACAACAUUCAUCAAAGGAAAAUACUUGAAACUUUUUAGUAUAUAUGUAUGUAUGUAAGUUUUACUUCUAUAUAACGCAUUAAUAAUAACGGUAACGAAAAUUAAAUCAUCAGAAAAUGCUAGGAGAUAAAGAAAUAACCAAAAGAUCUAUUUUGAAGUAGAAUGUAGUGAAAGAUAUGCAAUAACAAAUUAAAUUAUUAGAAAAAGACCAAAAUAUCAAUGCGAAUACUUAAAUGGAAAAACAUUUAAUUUGUAUUUCUUUUACACAUAACGAUGUUUCAAUAAAGACUACAAUUCGAUAUAA